AUGGCAGAGCAGGCGGUGACAGCUGACACGGUUGUUCAGAAGAUUCUGUCUGUGGUUGGUGCUCACAGUCUGCUCAGCUCUGUGUGGUGCUUUGUGGACUCCACAUUAAGGCGGUGCCGGAUCCCCACCUGGCUGCCGUCAUGGUGUCCCACCUCUCAGAUCCAGCUACAGACCGCAGAGGACAUGAUGCUGCGAUGUGUAGAGAACACUUUCUCAAAACAGUAUGUCCCUAUCUCCAACGGUAACCUGCUGUGGACGCUGUCCUUCAGCCGGGACCAUGUCAAAGACAAAGUUCCCAUAGUUCUGCUUCAUGGGUUUGGAGGUGGUGUGGGUCUUUGGGCUCAGAACCUGGACGCUCUCUCACAGCGUCGGCCUGUCUUUGCCAUGGACCUGCUGGGCUUUGGAUAGAGCAGCAGGCCUCUGUUCUCCACAAACCCCCAGGAGGCAGAGGACCAGUUUGUGGAGUCUAUAGAGCAAUGGAGGGCUAAAGUGGGUCUAGAGUUGAUGAUCCUGCUGGGACACAACCUGGGAGGUUACCUGACUGUGUCUUACUCUAUUAAAUACCCUUGCAGAGUACAGCACAUAGUGCUGGUGGAGCCCUGGGGUUUCCCUGAGCGCCCAGACACAGCAGAAGCAGACUGUCCCAUCCCAGUAUGGCUCAAAGCCCUGGGGGCCAUGUUCAGUCCCUUCAACCCUCUGGCUGGCCUGAGACUGGUUGGACCACUAGGGCCCACUCUAGUCCAGACUGUGAGACCGGACUUCAAGAGGAAAUUCUCCUCCAUGUUCAGUGACAACACCGUGUCAGAGUACAUCUACCACCUGAAUGUACAAACUCCCAUUGGGGAAACCGCCUUUAAGAAUAUGACCAUUCCCUACGGCUGGGCUACAAGACCGAUGCUGCAAAGAAUGGACCAGCUACAGUCUGAGAUCCCAAUCACCAUCAUCUACGGAUCCCGCUCCAGCAUAGACAGCAACUCAGGCAGCGCUGUCAAAGAGAUGAGGCCACACUCUCAUGUGGAGAUCAUAACAAUCUGUGGAGCCGGACACUAUGUAUAUGCUGACCAGCCAGAGGAUUUCAACCACAGAGUUGUGCAUGUGUGUGAUAAAGUGGGCCGAAGAGGAGAAACAAGCCGGGUCACUGAACUCUGGAAAAAAAGUGAGCCAGUGAGCACAGCGCCCCCUGGCCAGUCCAGAUUAGAGAAGGCUCGAUGGAGGGCUGGGCGUGGCCUGCGGUGGUUCUCCUCACCGAGCUCCAGUGCCUCACCGCCCAGCCCUUGCCUUUGGACUCAUUCUCGCUCAGCCUUCUUCCCCACGGACAAACCUCGCUCUCAGCCACCACCAGCCUCAUGUUCUCACUCGCCACGGACAAUCCUCGCUCUUGGCCACCACCAGCCACACGCUCUCCCUCUCCACCCUGCAGCCACCAUUCCCAACUGCCUCACCUGCUUCCCUCACUUUCACGCUCCCUGGCUUCCCAUUUCCCCAGUCCCUUUUACCAUCCUGCAUCACAACUAUUAUUAA